ACUAGUGCGAGAAGGAAAUCUUGGGAUUUAGAGAGAGAGAGAGAGAAAGCGAGAGGAGAGAGAAAGUAAGAUAGAGAGAGAAAGCUUUCAACUUCAGUUGCCCAGAACCCCAUAAAACACACACAGCAGGGGCAGUGAAGCAAUUGAUGGUUCUUCUGCCGCUCCUGCUCCUGCUGCUCCUACCACUGCUCUAAACAAGGCGGUGGUUUGGCUUUUCUGCUAAGUUGACUACACUUUCAGCCCUAAAGAAAGGAAGAAGAAGAAGAAGGAAGGAAAGAUAGAAGAAGCUUAUCGUCUUUCUUAUGGGAAGAAUAUGAGGAACAGGAACACCAUUUAGCACUCAGAAAUAUAGCUGACAGAGAGAGAAAGAGAGAGAGUGACAGAUCUCGCUGAACCAACAAAAAAAUUAGUUUUUUUUUCUUAAAGGUUUUUCUUUUCUUCCUUCCCUGAACUUCAUCUGCCAUGGAUGGGUAUGAAGCAACGAGAAUAGUGUUCUCUAGGAUCCAGAACUUGGACCCUGAGAAUGCUUCCAAAAUCAUGGGUCUGCUUCUGAUUCAAGACCAUGGCGAGAAAGAGAUGAUUCGUUUAGCGUUUGGACCUGAAGCUUUGGUUCAUUCUGUGGUAGUCAAAGCUCGAAGCGACUUGGGAUUACUUCCCUCGAACUCUCCGUCUACACCUUCAACUCCAUCUUCACCAUCUCCUUUUCUUUCUGCAACUUCUAACCCAGUUCCUAUUUCCAGACAAAAUUCUACUUCUUCUAAGCUUCUGCACUGCACUAGUGCAACUACUAGUACUCCAUCUCUAUCUGAACUUCAGUGCCCUAGUGAUUUGAUUUCUUCGUCUACCUCUUUACCCUUCUAUGGAAACGGAGGAUCCGACCCGAUUGAGGAGUUUCAGCUCCAAGACCAGCUUUCUUUCCUCAAUGAUGGAUCUUCUCCGACGCUUGGACCUAAAAGCCCGGAUUUGUUUUACCCUCCUCAGUCAGAUUUGUCUUCUAGUCCCACCGGAGCUGCCUUAGGCGCCGGCGGCGGCGGCUUUGGUUGGGGAGGAGGGUCGGCGGCGCACCACCGCCGGAGCUGCUCGGUGAACGACGCCUGUUUGGGGUCGGAGGAAUUGAAUUCUGGUUUGGGAUGGAAGCCUUGUCUUUACUUCGCUCGAGGUUACUGCAAGAAUGGGAACACUUGCAGGUUUCUUCAUGGUGGUCUUGGAGAUGGUGAUGGAACUUCAAUGGUGGUGGGGUCUCCGAGCAAGAUGGAGAUGGUGGACCAGUGUCAUGAACUUCUCAGAUCCAAGAGUGUUCAGCAACAAAGAUUGGCUGCUGCUUCACAGCUCAUGGCUUCUUCUUUCCCAUAUUCUCCUAAGUGUAUGAAUCUUCUGCUACAACAGCAACAAAAUGAUAGCCAAAGAGCUGCUGCUGCACUCAUGAUGAACGAGGAUUUGCACAAGUUUGGUCGAUCCAGGCUAGAGAGAAGUGAGUUUUCUCUGAAUGGGGGUCCUGGAAUGGUGAACCCAGCUUCAAGACAGAUUUACUUGACCUUCCCAGCAGAUAGCACUUUCAGAGAGGAAGAUGUUUCGAAUUAUUUCAGCAUUUAUGGGCCUGUUCAAGACGUGAGGAUCCCAUACCAGCAGAAGCGUAUGUUUGGUUUCGUGACCUUCGUUUAUCCAGAGACUGUGAAGCUCAUUCUGUCCAAAGGAAACCCUCAUUUCGUUUGUGAUGCUCGAGUUCUCGUUAAGCCUUAUAAGGAAAAAGGCAAAGUUCCAGACAAGUACAGGAAGCAGCAGCAGCAGCAGCAACAGGUAGAUAGGGGAGAUUUCUCACCUUGUGGUACUCCUACUGGACUUGAUGCUAGAGACCCAUUUGAUCUCCAACUUGGAGGGAGAAUGUACUAUAAUACUCAAGACAUGCUGUGGAGGAGGAAGCUUGAGGAGCAGGCUGAUUUGCAGCAAGCUCUUGAGUUCCAAAGCAGGAGGUUGAUGGGUCUGCAACUUCUUGACAUCAAGAAGCAACACCACCGAGCACUUUCCACUGGAAGUCCAAUACCUUCUCCGACUCAAUCUCCCAAUAUGUUCUCUCAGAAUCUUGUUCUUCCUCCAUUUCACAGCAGCACCGAGGCCCCAGAAGAGAGUGUUACUAGCUCAGCUCCUCCUAGUACUGCAUCAAUUCCUGUUGAUCAGCAGCCAUUGCAGCAAGCAAUCAACGUUUCUGCGGGGAAAGAAGUGACAGUGAAUGGAGAAAAUGGAAAUACUGAAGGCAAUGGCAAGCAGAGUUCUUCUUCUAGUCAUGAAGACCGUGAAUUGCAAGAAUGUUUGGACCAUAAUCUCCCUGAUAGUCCUUUUGCUUCUCCCACAAAAGCUGCUGGAGACUACAUGGCUGCCUUCUCCUGUGGACCUAAUGAGGCCAUUGGUUCAGAUGCUUCUGUUUCAUCUGCUAACUCUAAAUUUGGAAAUAGUUCAUUGCUUCCAGCAGCAUCUGCUCUGGACAUGGGAUCUUUCAAAUCUUUCAAUUGCCAAUUGCCCAGGUUCUCUUCCGGCCAUGGAACCAUCGGAAUGUUUGCUGCCGGCACUGGUGGCGGCAUUUAGCAUCCUGAGCUCAGGAAGAGAAGCAAGGCUUUACCAACCAAACAAACCCUCCACAUCAAACAAAUCUGUAGAGAGAAAAAAAAAUCAUCACCACCACCACCAUGGCCAUCACCAUCAUCAUCAAUACUAUACUACUUACUACCAUACAAAAUGCAUACGUAAAAAGCAGUGCAGUACAGGAAGUGGGGCCCAGCUAUUUCUCCCCAUCUUCCCGUUGUGGUUAUUGUACCAUUUUAAUUUAAUCUUUCUUCUCAUUUUCUGUAGUAGCUGAACCACAGGUAAAAAAUAACACAGAAAGAAUCAGAGUGUAGUAGGGAAAGAAAGAAAACUAUUCUGGCACUGUAAUUUCUUCUCCUUUUAAUUACCCAUUGUGGGUGGACUUAGUGUAGUUUAUGUUAGUCUUAAUGUUGUUAAGAGUUAUAUUGUAAGCGUCCUUGUACAGCUGAAGCUCAAGCCAGAGGAAAAGAAGAGGCAGAAGAGAGGGCAACAGUGGUAAAAAGCAGAGACACACUACAAGGCCUGAUUCAACAAAUCCCAUGAUGGGUAAUCACUAAUUUGAGUUUGAAAGAAAGAGAAUGAGGAGUAGGAGGGGGAAGAAGGCAUAAUUGCUAGGGGAAAAAAAAUCUUCUUUAGCUUGGCUUAAAGCUCAAAAGGGGAGAUUUCUUCUUCCAUCUAAUAUUUCAUCUGUUGUUGAAGUUUGUUUGUACUUCUACUUUGCUGUUGUUAUACACAAAAUGUCAACCUCAAUCCCCUCUACUUAGACAGAAAGGAAAAGGAUUUAGAAAGAAGAAAAAUCAGAAAGCAAAAGUGAGUUUUUUUUUUAAUGACUAAAUUGCACUCUCUUCUCUUGCUA